UGCGUGUGUUUGUGUGUAGCGCGCGUGAAAGAUAAACGAAAAGUGGAAAAAAGGCAAACUGCAUUAGCAAUUUACAUAUAUAAACAUUUACAUAAACACCGCGAACAAGUGUAAUAAGAUGCCUGCCGGCAUUGUUAAAACACCAAACACGACACGUGCAAAAGAUGCAAAUGCAACCAAAUCGGCAGACCGCAAUGGCAAUGACAACGGCAGCGGUGGCAAGAAAUUUGUGCAGACGCGUCUGCCAUUUAAGCUGAUAACGCCCGUGGCAAAGGCUGCCGCCGCCUCCCCAACGGCGACAGCAACCACAACUCCAACAGCAUCGGCGUCCAGUGUUGUGGAAGAGGAGCAGUUGGAGCGUGAGCCCCGCAAGCGCAAGCUGUCCUAUGACUGCGACGAGGAACCGGAGGCGGAGCAGCUGCGCCGCUCCAACAGCAAAGAGAAUCUGGGCGAGCUGGGCGUGUCAGGCAUUACGUCUAGCAAGAAACCCAAAACUGCAGAUCCAAUGCCCGAAGAAGUCAUUGAGGUGGAUGACGACGAUGAUGUUGACGACGACGACGAAGUCGGAGAUGUCGAAGAAGAAGCUGCUGAUGACCAUGUCAAGGAGAAAAAGGUGAAGGAGAAGAGCGCGGAGAGCGUCAGUCAGCCGGCGCCCAUUCAAAUCAAGCUGCCGCUGAGCAACAAACGCGGCAAGCGCCGCAAGUCCCUGAAGAAGUCGGAAAAGUCGGUAAAGACUCCGCCAGCCGCCGAGCCCAGCGACUCCAGCGAUGAUAUUGAGGUCAUUGCCAAUAGUCUUAAUCCGCAAAAGCGACCCAAGGUGAGUGUGGCCAAGUCCAAAGCAUCGCCAAAGAUCGCAGCCAAGAUCAAGAUGCCUGUCCAGACCAAAUUGAACGUGGAGGCCAAGUCGAAGCGAAAGGCCAAGACGAUUGUCAAGGCCAAGACUGAUCUGGAGUCCGAAACGACUGUGGAAUCCAAGGAAGAAGUGAAGUCCAAACCGGAUUCCCCGGCAAAGUCAGAUGUGAAGUCCACGUCCGAAACGGGGUCAAGUGCCAAAGGCGAAUCGAAGUCAGAUAAAGAAUCCAUCAUGGAUGUCGACUCGGAAGUGAUGCUCCUGGACAGCAGCGACAGCGACCUAAAGUCCGAAGAAAAUGCUAUCGCUGAGCAGUCCAGCACCGAUCUGGACAUGGACGUAGACAGCGACACGCUAAACAAAACGUCACAGGAAAAAGAGAGGAAGGAGGAGGAGGAUGAUGAUGAUGAUGAUGAUGAUGAUGAUGAUGAUGAUGAUGAUGAGGAGCACAAGUCAGCCGGUUCGAGCGCCAGCGCUGCUGCCCGUGUGCCAAAGAAGUCGGAGAAGCUGCAGAACUUGACGCCCAAGCAGCAGAAGCUAAUGGAGCAGCGACGCAAGGCGCGCGAAGAGAAGGAGCGCAAGCUGCAGGAGGAGCGUCGCCUCAAGCAGCUGGAGAAAGAGCAGCGCGAGCAGCAAAAGAAGGCGGAGCGCGACGUCAAGGAGGAGCAGCGACGCAAGGAGCGCGAGGACAAGGAGGAACUGAGGCGCAAAGAGCGUGAGGACAAAGAGGAACUGAAGCGCAAAGAGCGCGAGGAAAAGGAACGAAAGCGGCAGCUCGAGCACGAGGAGAAGCGCAAACGCAACGAGGCCAAGGAGGAGGUGCAGCGCAAAAAGGACGAGGAGCGUCGCCGCAAGGAACAGGAGAAGGAAGAAGCCGAACAGAAGAAGAAACGCGCCGCCGCAUCCUUCACUAAAUUCUUUGUGCCCAAACAGCCGAAACAAUCCAACGGUGGCACGCUGGAGCACGAGCAGAACAGCUGCGACAGCGGCCCCAGUCACAGCAGCAGCCAGCAGCUCGCGUUUCGUCCCUUUCAGGUCAAGGACGACAUGAUCCUGGCGCCUGUCAUACGCGCCACACUCGGCGCCGACACGCGCCAACAGCUAGACAGCCUGUUCCUCGUGCCCGAUGAUCAAGAUGAAGAGAAGGAGGAAGAGGAACUCAACAGUAGCAUUGGACGCGUCAAGCGUCCCACACGCGCCCAGCUCUAUCUGAGCCAACUGAGCCUGGGCAAGCACAAGCCGCUGGCCAGCAAACGUGAUGCCCGGCUGCAGAGAUGUGCCAAGGAAGAGGAGGAUGACGAUGAUGUCCAGGUGAUUGAUGAGCUGGCCAAUGCGGGCACGCCCAUUGUGGAGGAGCGGCCCAAGCAGCUGCCCUGGACGCGUGCCAAGUAUUUGCACUUUGCAGACAAUCGUCGUCCGCCCUACUACGGCACCUGGCGCAAGCGCAGCCAGCUGAUCAGUGCGCGCCGUCCACUGGGCCAGGAUAAGAAUCAUUUCGACUACGAGGUGGACUCCGAUUGCGAGUGGGAGGAGGAGGAGCCGGGCGAAUCGCUGAGCGCCAGCGAGGAUGAAAAGGAGCGCGAGUCUGAGGAGGAGUCUGAAGAGGAGUACAACGAAUGGUUUGUUCCCCAUGGCCAUCUCAGCGACGAGGAGAUGCAAAACGAUGGCGAGCUCGAGGAUGGCAACACACGUGAGGCGCAGAAAGCCAAGCUACAGGUGCUGCAACAGGAGUUUGCACAGGAAAUGAAGAAACAGACCAAGAAGAUCAAGCCACGCCUCCUGGGCCCCGUCUGGCUGGAUGAGAACGGCAACAAAUCGCAGCUGUGCCCGGCCGUCUUCAUACAGACCAUUGACAUGUACGGCUGCUGGCAGCUGCAGCCGCUCACGCUGGAGCCGCCACCAGAGUCCGUUCGCGAGGAAGAGCCGCCCGAGGAGGUCAAGGCCAAGCCAAGCACCAUGCAGUUGGACGAGCAGCUGCUGCAGCAACUGGUGCGUCUCAUACACGGCAACAGCAAUGCCAAGGCCUUCCUUAUCUCCGAGUAUCUGGAGUACUUGAAGACACAGAUUCCGCAGGAGUCGCAAACACUGCUGCCGCCCAAGACUCUGCUGCGCGAGAAGUUCGACGAGCUGGCCAGCUGGAAGCCCGUCGAGCUGGGCACUGGCACCGAAGCCAAGAAGUCGAAGAAGCCCAAAAAGCGCCUCUGCUGGGUGGUCAAUGCAGAAAUGCUACACAAGUUCAAGCUGGACGAGCUGACGCUGCAGAACCAAUGGAGCUACACGCUCACGCCCAAGAUCAGUAAGACGGACACAUCGUUGCGAGAGGCCACGCCGCCCACAGAGACAGCGGAGGCUUGCAGCACGCCCAAAUCCGAUGUUAGCAAGCGCGACGAGUCAGCGCUCAGCACGUCCACAGCAGGCACAAGCACAGGCACAGCCACAGCUGGCACAGCUUCACCCGCGGCGACAACCAAGAAACGUGGCACACUGCUCAUGUCUGUGCCGCGGGAUCAGCAGUUCCAUGCGCCCACCAAGAAUGCGCUCAUCAGCCAGUAUCUGCGCAAGCACAACGAGACGACCAGCAGGAAGAAGCCCUCACCGGCGCCAAUGUCCGACGAUGUUGUUCUGCUCUCCGACUAAACGGAGCUCGUCUCCUGUCCUUCUUUCUAAACAUUAAACAUAUCUAUCUUUGUCAGAUCCUUUACCUAGCAUCUAAAUUCGUCUAGCCUUAGUUUUUACUGUACUUGCCGUGCGAACUAUCCAAGUAACGCAAUAUCAAUUCACUUGGCUGGUUCUAUAAUCGUACGGAUGCGUUCUCCAGAAGGUACAUGGAUUUAAAUAUAGUUUUUUUUUUUCUCGAUAUAUAUAUAUGUAUUUCUACAACAAAUAAAUUUUGUUUAUUAUUUAUAUGCAAA